AUGUCCUGCUACAUCAAAACACCAGGGCUGCUGAUUAUCACCAACUCCCCAGCAUUGCAUGUGCUCAGUGAGCAGCUGAAUAUGCUGAGGGAAGGUAGGUUGCCCAGCUUCCUGCCAACUGCCAUCAACCUCCCUCAGGUUCACCACCUUCUCCUCAAUGUCAUGGUACUAGGGCAGCAGCUGCUGCCUGCCUCAGAAUCCUUCAGAAUUGAAGUCUACCCAUACCUAGUCAAUCUCCCUGGUGGACACAAGGUUCAAAGCAUGGAGACACUUGUUGCAGCUAGAGUAUGCUUUUGCAUCCUUAUCCUUGCCUAUGGUGAGAGUCUCCCUGCUGCAGCCAUAGCCCCUGACAAUGGACAGGAGUUUGACCAUAUCAUAAUGAGCUUGAUGCUGGCUAAUUGUGCUGGAUUCACCUCUCUAUAA